GCUCAUUUUCUUGGUUCGACCCGAAUUUUAUGUCUUCUCCCCAAAUCUCCACCUCGGCCCAAAAGUCAGAAAAUCCGUAAAUCGGAUGUCUGCAGUUCUAAUUUUCACGCUCUCUCAAUUCGGCUGUUGGGCAAUCUUUGCUUUCUUACUUCAGAUCAGGACUAGGGUUUGACGCUUUCAAUUUGGGGUUCUUUGAUAUACUGCAAAGGUCCAGAUUAACAGCACGAAAACGGACUCCAGUUAAAUAGGAAAGUCCACCGUCUGAACUGAGAUUGUUUGCAAUUGAAUCAUUUAGUUUUGUGGACUCCUAAUCCUUGCGUUCGUAUAGUACUAUUCUUUCUGCAAAUCGAACCUUGAUGUUUACGUUUAAGCACAUUCAAAAUCUUGUACUCCAAAAUGAUGUAAAUUAAAACAAUCAAUAAUACAUGUGAAGUUCACAUCCAAACGGCAAAAAUACUACACUAAAUGAAUUGGUAUAAAAUACAAUAGUUUCACAGCUAAUGGCAAAGAUUACAAGUAUCUAUGACUCCAUUGGCAUGAUUGGACGAGUUCAUUGAGGGCAUAAACUAGUGAACUCUUACCUUGGAAAAUCUAACGUAGACAAUAAGUUGCAAUCAGGGUUAAAAGAGUCAAGGGUUGGUGCAGUCUGCUGAAAUUGUUGUAGAAGAACAUCAAAAUCAUCCUCUUCUUCCAUUAGCAUGAUAAUGCCUAAACAACAUGAAUUUGGUAGGCUAUAUUCAGUUGGAGGAAGUUAUAAUUCAGAAUCCACUCCAAUACUAGAAGUAUCAACUUGAUUUGAUGUCAAUUCCACUCCAGUACUAAAAGAAUUAUUUUCAGUGGCAAGCAGUUGAACUCCGGUAAUACAAUGAUCGAAGGACAAUGAAAUUUGUCUAGCCGGCUCAAGUCAAUAUAUCUCAUCAAGUUGAAAAUCAUAGCAGGAAGGUGUUUGCACGGUUGGAUUAAAAGAAGACGUCUCUUGAAAUAAGGGCGACUGCAUCCAAGAAGAAUCAUCACUGCUAUCAAUAUAGUUCUGUUGAAAUUGCUCGCCUCUUGUCAUGAGUGUACUUUCAGUUUCAAACCAAGAUGGAGCAAUAGCACAAUCAAUAUAGUUCCAUGGCUGUUCCAUGUGCAGCUGCUGUUAAAGCUGAGAGAAGGCUUAUUGUGAUGACUAAAAGCUAGUUUGUGAUAGUAUCUGAGUAAACUGUGAUAGUGUUUGAUUAAGAGGUUGAAACGGCUGAGCAUAUAUUUGUAGUAGAUUUUCCAUCACGUCUUUGUUGUAGGGCAGGUGGUGCAUUAUGCUGUAUCUGUGGUUGAGGAAUUGUUAACUGACCACUAACACUAUGAAGCUAUUGUGUUUGUGGAACCUGAUCGUAAGGAGUAUGACCAACAUAAUAUGGCAUAUGCAAACUCUGUGUUGUAUAGAAAGGUGUUGCAUUCAAAGGUUGUGGAUGCAAGGAAAAUGAAAGGUAUUGUCCUGAUUGAAAACCUUGGGUUUAAAUUCAAAAAGGAAAUGUUUCAGAUUUAAAGAUACAUAUAUAAAAAUCAAUCUCCCAUCCAGCUAAAAAAGUUAAUAAGACGCAUACCAGUUGUAGCAUAGGUUCAGAAGAAACCACUGGUCUGAAAUCCAUAUCAUCAACAUUGCCAGGAAAGCCACCGAUAUAGCCCUGAAAGUUUAUGGGCACAAAAUAAGACACAAAUAUUUGAAUAUUGAGAAAAAUAUGCAGUACGAUGUGUAUAUAACACAUAAGAAGUCUAUGCUCUUACUCGAGUAGAAAACACAAUAUCCACAGGCAAUUGAUUUCCAAACCCCGGCAUGCCAACAUUCCAAACCCUAUCAUCUGUGUACUUUUAGUUUCAAAUCAAGAUGGAGCAGUAGGAAAUCAGUUGGUAUGCCGUGGUUUGGAAAUCAGCUGCCUGUGAAUAUUGUCUCUUCUACUCCAGUAACAGCACAGACUACUUAUGAUGUUAUGCACACAUCGCACUGCAUAUUUUUCUCAAUACUCAAAAGUUUCUUGUAUCUUAUUUUGUGGACAUAACUUUUAGGGCUAUAUCGGUGGCUUUCCUGACAAUGUUGAUGGUAUGGAUUUCGGACUAGUGGUUCUUCUGAACCUAUGUUACAACUGGUGUGUGUCUUAUUAACUUUUUUAGCUGGAUGGGGUAUUGAUUUUUAUAUAUCAUAUCAUUAAAUAUGACAUAUUUCCUUUUUGAAUUUAAACCCAGGGUUUUUAAAUAGGACAAUACCUUCCAUCUUCCUUGUAACCACAACAUUUGAAUGCAACAUCUUUCUCCACAACACAAAGUUAGCAUAUGCCGCAUUAUGAUGGUCAUACUCCUUAUGGUCAGGCUCCUCAAACACAACAGUUUCCUAGUUUUGGCAGUCAUUUAACAAUUUCUCAACCACAGAUGUAGCAUAAUGCACCAUCUGCCCCACAACAAGGACAUGUGAUGCAAAAUCUACUGCAAAUACUUGCUUAGCUGUUUCAACCUCUUAAUCGAGCACUAUCAUAGUUUGCUUAGAUACUGUCACAAACUCUACAAACUAGCUUUCAGUCAUCACAACAAGCUUUCUCUCAGCUUCAACAGCAGCUGCACAUGGAGCAGCCAUGGAACUAUAUUGAUUGUGCUACUGCUCCAUCUUGGUUUGAAAUUGAAAGUACACUCACAGCAGGAGACGAGCAAUUUCAACAGAAGUAAAUUGAUAACAGUGAUGAUUCUUCUUGGAUGCAGUCGUUUGUAUUUCAAGAGACGUCUUCUUUUAAUCCAACCAUGGAAACAUCUUGCUGCUGUGAUUUUCAGCUUGAUGAGAUACAUGAACUUGAGCCGGCUAGACAAAUUUCAUUGUCCUUCGAUCAUUGUAUUACCAGAGUUGAGUUGUUUAUCACUGAAAAUGAUUCUUUUAGUGCUGGAGUGGAAUUGACAUCGAAUCAAGUUGAUACUUCUAGAAUUGGAGUGGAUUCUGAAUUAGAACUUCUUCCAACUGAAUAUAGUCCACCAAAUUUAUGUUGUUCAGACACUAUCAGGCCAAUGGGAAGAGAGGAUGAUCUUGCUGAAUGUCCCACAUGAAUAUUCUACCAUAGCAAGUAUGAUUGGUCCGUCGGAAAACAAAAGGGAGGGUUAAUUUUAAUUUUUUUUUUGCUUUCAUUCAUUUUUAAGAUGAGAUAUCCUUAUCUUUAUCUCACACUAAGACGGAAAAUUAACAACCAAUAAAUCUAGCAAGCGGGAUCAAGAAGUUAUCGAAAUUUUUUUCUAAGAAUUUAGUUCAGGGGACAAGUAGAAUCUCUUCAUCACAUGAAAUAUCUUGAAAUUUAUGUAAAAUUGUUAGGUGUACACGCAUGUUAUCAAUUUCAGCAGACUGCACCAACCUUUGACUCCUUUAACCCCGACUGCGACUUAUUGGCUACAUUAGGUUUUCCAUCCGAGGUAGGAGUUCAUUAGUUUAUGCCCUCAAUGAACUCGUUUAAUGAUGCCGAUGGAGUCAUAAAUACUUGUAAUCUUUGUCAUUAGCUGUGAAACUAUUGUAUUUAUACCAAUUCAUUUUGUAGUAUUUUUGCUGUUUGGAUGUGAACUCCACAUUAUUGAUUGUUUUAAUUUGCAUCAUUUUGGGGUGCAAGAUUUUGAAUAUCUUAAGUGUAAAUAUCAAAGUUCGAUUCGCAGAAAAAAUAAUACUAUACGAACGCAAGGAUUAGGAGUCCACAAAACUGAAUGAUUCAAUUGCAAAUAAUUUCAGUUCCAACGGUAGACUUUGAUGCAGCCCCCAACUCGUCAUUGUUGCACUCUCUAGAAGCUUGAACGCAGAAUGGAAGGGAAGGGAAGAUGAGUUUUUUCUUAGGCCAACUUUUAAUUUUUUCUAAAUUGUAACUUGUAGGCCUUUUGUGUUGGGCUUUUGCUGCAAUUGUAAGUAAUUACGUUGUGUGUUUUAUUCUUUAGUGUUUCUUUUCUUUGCUGAAAUUUGAAUUGAUUUUACAAUGUUGCUGGAAUUUAAAGUUGGAUUAAGUAUGGAUAAUUGACCUCGUGCCAGACUUGAAAAUUAGUUUAGGGUUUUACUUUGAAAUUCGUGUGUUUCAGUGUCCCAUAUUUUACACUUAAAAUAUUUUAUUCUUUGUUUUUCCUACCUUUUGAGUGGACACAUAAUUUUAGUGAUUAUUCUUUAGCAUAAAUUCAAUUUGUCACUUUGAACUGAGAGAUGGAUAAGGCGAUUGGAGUUGAUGGAAUUCAUUAGUUUUAUUCUAUAUUUUGGAGGAACCCACCAUUACUUUGAAUGGAACUCAUUGAUUAGAAAAAUGCAAAAUUAUUACUGCGGUCCUAGGAAUUGAUAAAAUAUCUUAUGACAUUUGCAGGUCAAGGUUGAUAAUGUGAGAUUUUGUUAAUACAUAUGACACUCAGGUGUCUGGGAUAGAAUUGCUGUUGGAUGUUAAAUAAUAUUUGAGAUUUAUCAAUAAAUUUGUCUGGAGGGAUGGAAUGUGUACGAGGCAGAAAUAGUUGUUUGCAGAAAUAAUUUGAAGUUGUUGGCAAUCAUUUCUUUGGUAAUAUUUUUGGUCAGAUGUUGUCUCAUUUCAUAGGUUGGAUGCUCCAGCAUUUCUCUCUCUCUCUCUGUACUCCACACAAAAAUUCCAGUAAUAAACCGGCCACCAUUUCUAGCAAUGGCAGUGAGUCUUCUUCUUCAUCAUUGAGUCAGUAUAAUGAGCAAUACAAAGCUCUUAAUAAUUUGGAUUUCAUGACUGCCGCCAAAAUCCUCUUCACUGAUCAGCCCAAUAAGAAGAAAUUUGGAUUAGAUUUCCACCUGGUACAGCUCUUCUUUGCCUGCUUGCCUUCAUUGGCUGUAUAUCUUGUGGCUCAGUAUGCUCGCAGUGAAAUGAAAAAAAUGGAUGUGGAACUCGAGUUGAAGAAACAAGCUGAAUUUGAAUCACAAGCAAAGGAGAUGGAAUUAAAGAAAGCCGAAGAAGGAGCAGCUGAUCCAGUGCUUAGGGAGGUAAAAGAGAGACUAAACAAGCUGGAAGAAACAGUAAAAGAAAUUGUCAUUGUAUCCAAGAAACAAUCAGAUGAUGCACAAAUCGAAGCAAGUAAAAUUCAACGUGGACAAGAAGCAGGCAAGAGUUCCGAAGUAAACACUAGAACCUCGACUGAAGGGAAGACGAGUGAGCCUGUGCCAAGUACUCCUGGCUCCCAGCAUAAGCCGAAUAGUGGUGAAAGUAAAAGGGACCUCCCAUAGUUAGAAUAAAUGAAAAGUAGUCUUCUUGUUUUUGAUGUUGCAGGCAGUUGUUUUUGAGGUUGCAGGCUCAUGUUAGAAAAGUUUCAGUUGACGGGGACGGGCUAAAGCCCGUGCCUACAAUAGAUGACAAGUUACGGUUCAACAAAUGUAUGCGAGCUUUGUCGACUGCUUUCAUAUGGAGCAACUCUGGAUUAGAUGUCGCCAUUGAGACGCAAGGAUUUACUUUUGCUCAUAGUACAAUAUUUCGGUUUGUUUGUGCAUUGAGCAGCUCAAUCAUGGAUUUUUGACAUUUUCAACAAAGAUUAAGGUUGUUUCCUGUUUUAUGUUUUGCUAUUGUAACUAAUAGAAACAUCAUCUUAGUUUAAGAAUUUCAGAAUA